GUGGACAUCCAUUUCUCCACUGCAAUAUGAGACACUCAGAUUAUAUGGACAUGCAUUCAACUGUGAACCUCAGACUUGUUACCAAGUGCUCCUUAAAAAAGAUUUACGGACCAUACAAAAGGAGCUUCUCUGCUCCUUAUGGAAUCUCCGCCUGGUUCAGUCUACCUGCCUCCACUCCUGUCUCCACCAUAUCCAUCAGGGUGACCCAGAAGUCCUACAAGGUGUCCACCUCUGGCCCCCAGACCUUCAGCAGCCACUCCUACACAAGUGGGCCCAGUGCCCACAUCAGCUCCUCCAGCUUCUCCCCCGUGGGUAUCAGCAGCUUCCAGGGAGGGCUGGGGGGAGUCUAUGGUAGGGCCAGUGGCAUGAGAGGCAUCCCUGCCGUCACAGUCAACCAGAGCAUGCUGAGGCCCCUUAACCUGAAGGUGGUCCCCAAUAUCCAGGCCCUGCACACCCUGGAGAAGGAACAGACCAAGACCCUCAACAAGGUUGCCUCCGUCAUCGACAAGGUACAGUUCCUGGAGCAGCAAAACAAGAUGCUGGAGACCAAGUGGAACCUCCUGCAGGAGCAGAAGACGGCUCAGAGCAACAAGCACAACAUGUUUGAGAGCUCCAUCAACAACCUUAGGCGGCAGCUGGAGACUCUGGGCCAGCAGAAGCUGAAGCUGGAGGCGGAGCUUGGCAACAUGCAGGGGCUGGUGGAGGACUUCAAGAACAAGUAUGAGGAUGAGAUCAAUAAGCAUACAGAGAUGGAGAAUGAAUUUAUCCCCAUCAAGAAGAAUGUGGAUGAAGCUUAUGUGAACAAGGUAGAGCUGGAGUCUCACCUGGAAGGGCUGACUGACCAGAUCAACUUCCUCAGGCAGCUGUAUGAAGAGGAGAUCCGGGAGCUGCAGUCCCAGAUUUCGGACACGUCUGUAGUGCUGUCCAUGGACAACAGCUGCUCCCUGGACACGGAAAGCAUCAUCGUUGAGGCCAAUGCGCAGUACCAGGAGAUUGCCAACGGCAGCUGGGCUAAGGCUGAGAGCAUGGACCAGAUCAAGCAUGAGGAGCUGCAGACGCUGGCUGGGAAGCACGGGGGUCACCUGCGGAGUACAAAGACUGAGCUCUCUGAGAUGAACUGGAACAUCAGCCAGCCCCAGGCUGACACUGAGGGCCUCAAAGACCAGAAGGCUUCCCUGGAGGCCGCCAUCGCAAAUGCAGAGCAGCGUGGGGAGCUGGCCGUUAAGGAGGCCAACACCAAAGUGUCCGAGCUGGAGGCCGCCCUGCAGCGGGUCAGGCAGGACGUGGCUCGGCAGCUGCGUGAGCUACAGGAGCCGAUGAACAAUGUCGCGCUGGCCCUGGACAUCGAGAUCGUCACCUACAGGAAGCUGCGAGGUCAGGAGAGCCGGCUGGAGUCUGGGAUGCAGAACAUGAGUAUCCAUAGAAAGACCACCAGCGACUAUGCAGGUGGUCUGAGCUCAGCCUAUGGGGGCCCCACGAUCCCCGGCCUCAGCCACGGCCUGGCCUCCAGCUUUGGCUCUGGUGCAAGCUCCAGCUCCUUCAGCCGCACCAGCUCGAGGGGCGUGGUUGUGAAGAAGAUCGAGACCCGCGAUGGGAAGCUGGUGUCCGAGUCCUCUGACGUCCUGCCCACGUGA